AUGCGCUCCGUCCUCUACAUCGCUGCCAGCGCUUUCGCUGCUGUCGUCGCGGCUGAGAACGCCAACCCCUUCAAGAUCCCAACCCAGGGCUACGACUUCAAGGUCGGAUCGGCCACUACGCUGAACUGGGAUCCCACCACCAGCGGCACCGUCACUCUGAAGCUGCAAUGGGGCGCUGUCACUACCACCAACUCUGGCGAGGUUAUUGCCCAGAGCAUUCCCAACUCCGGUAGCUACACCUGGACUCCUCCCUCCGACCUGGCGGCGGAGCCCGACUACACCAUCGAGAUCAUCGACGACUCCGACCCCAGCGAGUACAACUUCCUGCCCCGCUUCGUCGUCUCCGGUGCCACCGCCAGCGCGUCGGCCUCGUCUGCUUCCCAGACGUCCACUGCGUCGGCCUCCAGCACCUCUGCUGCGUCGACCACUCUGUCCACCGUGACCACCAGCAGCGCUUCGGCCAGCAGCUCUGCUUCUGCUUCCGCUUCCAAGACCUCCAGCGCGAAGUCCACUUCUUCCUCCGCCAGCGCGAAGUCCACCUCUUCUACCGCUGCCUCGUCCACCACCACCGGCGCGGCCAGCUCUACCAGCUCCUCCUCCCAGAGCACCCCGACCACCCAGGCUCCCAACGCCAACGCUGGUGCCUCCCUGAAGGCGCCCGCUGGUCUGCUGGCUCUCGUCCUGGGCGCCAUGGCUGCUUUUUAA